AUGCCCGAACCAGCAUGGAGUCCAUUCAAUCUCAGGAAUCCCCAAUCCAGUGGAUCUCACGGCCCGCCACGUCAACUGAAUACGAACUUCCGGCUCUCAUAUGGCCCGAAGUCUGACAUUGGCAGUCAGGCUUCACCGUCUGAUGAAGGGUACUUCUCGCACAACACUCGAUCCGUUGUCAGCAAUGACCCCGAUUAUGUCAAUCAAGAGCUACCAGCAGGCCUUCUGUCCAAUAUGGACGGCAUGAACGUCGAGUCUGUCACUAGCGAAGCUCCUACAAUGUCACGGAUGCCUUCGGAUCAGCUAUCACUCGUCAGCAGUCGUAGUGGCAAGUCAAAGAAAGUGUAUCAUUGCCCUCAAUGUUCAGAGAUACUCAAGUGUAAUUCAGAGUUUAAGAAACAUAAACUCAAACACGACAAGCCCUUCAAGUGUGAGGUACCUGGCUGCAAGCGGACAGAGGGCUUUACAACAACAAAUGACCUCGAUAGGCACCAAAGGAGUCUCCAUCGAAAGGGUAUCGACAAGAAAUCUUACAGAUGUGCAGUAGAGAACUGCAGAAAUAAAGAAAAGACGUGGCCGCGUCUAGACAACUUCAAGCAGCAUGUAGAGAGGAUGCAUAAAGAUGAAAACGUCCUUGAUGUCAUAGAAAGAUCAAUAUGCCACCCAAAGAACGCUGACACUCCGAUGGAGGAAGCCAGCGUUACACCAAUGGACAUUGAUAUUGCAGUAUCCGGGAUGGAGAAUCCCUUCUCAGUCAGUCCGACCAUAACUAUGCCGCCCGUGUUGGACUUCCUUUCGCCACAGAGUGCCAGACAUUCAUUCUCGUCUGGACCAAGUUCCAACCCUGUGGGAAACAUACAAUCACUGUCUCGGCCGUCUAGAGCUGGACCCACCUCCGCACCUCACAACGCUGGUAUUCAGAAAAUGCAAAAGUCGACACGCUCUCGAUAUCAUGCACCGGGAGUGUCUUCCCAGCCAAUACAGAAGCCUCUGCUUACCACCAAGACGGCUUCUCGUGUACCUGGAAGAAACAGCCUCAAACUUCAACAGUCUUCGUCCAGUUCUGCACUAUCCAAUGCCCCACAGACUAAGGCUGAGCAACAAAAGGAGCUUAAAAAGAAGUCUGAGCGACAGUCACACUCACCGAGCCCUGUGGACCUCGAAAGCAUCAUGUUGGAGAUGAUACAGAAAGCGAAGGACCAGGCUGAAUGCGAAGACAGAUCUGCGGAGCAAUCGAGGCCGGAGAAGAAUGCGGUGUUAAUGGACAUGGUAACGAAGCUUCUGAACAAAGGCCCAGUAUCUUCCAAUACAGGACAGCGUCGCAACAGCAAAGACACGCUUCAUAAUGAUAAGAAAUGUCCACACCCCGAUUGCGGAUUCGCAGUCGCUCGUGAUUGCGAUCUGCGCAAACACAUGAAACGACACGAUCGGCCUUAUGGCUGCACAUAUCCCAAGUGCCACAAACGAUUCGGCGCAAAGUCGGACUGGAAGCGCCACGAGAACAGCCAGCACUUCCAACAGGAAGCCUUUCGUUGCGAUGAGACACUUCCGACAGGCGAAGUUUGCGGUGUGCACCUCCACCGAGAAGGAGCAUUCAGAAACCACCUAGAGACGCAGCACAAGACCCCAUGCGAGGAAGCCCAAAAGCGCUUGGACAAUAGCAAGAUUGGAAAGAACUGUCAAGGCUCUUUCUGGUGUGGUUUAUGCGGGGUUGUAAAGCAGCUCAAAGAACGGCGCAAUGCAGCAUGGGAUGAGCGGUUUGAUCAUAUUGCGUAUCACUUCGAGAAGGAGAAGAGAAGCAUCGAUGAUUGGAUAUGUGCUGAGGAGAACCGACUGAAAAAGGACUUGCUUGAAGAGAAGUUGAAACGAGAACGCUUCGAUGAUGAGGAUGAGAGAGAGAAGGAUGGUGAUGUAGAUGCUGUUGGAGACGACGAUGACGCCCCGCAGCCGCGACCACAGCUUCGUCGACACAACAUGUCUGGUAUGUCGACGCCGAUGCCGAUGCCGAUGCCAACACAUGCGACGACGACAUCCCCACCGCCUCCACCGGGCUUUGUGAAGGCGAGUAAGAGGAAACGGUCAGUUGAAGACGACACAUAUGCCCCGCGGCUGCCAAAGCGCAAGCAAACUACGCUUAUAAUGAACCGCUACUGUUGUUCUUGCGGAAGUCCGUGUGGUGUCGUUGACGUUGCGUGUACCAAUUGCCCCCAUCAACUGUGCACUGAUUGCAAUUUCCAAGAGGAUGAGACUUUUAUGAUGGAAUCGAUGGACUUCUUUGGAUGA